ACCAGCCCGCCACAUUCGAGUUCUUACCAUUCUCUCUCUAACUUUUGAGCUUAUCUGCUCUCUGCUCUGAGCAUGAACUCCACCACUUCGAAUUCUCAAUCAAUGGCGACCUCGACGCCCACUGACGGGUCUAGCAAGAAGGUGAGAAAGCCCUAUACCAUUACCAAAUCGAGGGAAAGCUGGACAGAGGAAGAGCAUGACAAGUUUCUAGAAGCUCUUCAACUAUUUGACAGAGAUUGGAAGAAAAUUGAAGAUUUUGUCGGUUCAAAAACAGUUAUUCAGAUUCGAAGCCAUGCCCAGAAAUACUUCUUAAAAGUUCAGAAGAACGGGACAAUUGCACACGUGCCUCCUCCUCGACCUAAGCGCAAAGCUGCUCAUCCAUACCCUCAAAAGGCGCCAAAGAAUGUCUUAGUUCCAUUGCCAGCAUCCAUGGCUUACGUUUCUUCAACAAAUACUAUUGCACCUGGGUAUGCCACAUGGGAUGAAAAUUCAAUGCCGAUUAAUGCUGGAUCAAACAGAUACAUACCAUGUCAGGAUGAAAUCACCACCCUUCAUGGGAAUGAAGCUGAUAUUGGAUCAAAGGGGAUAUCAAGAAUUAGCAACAGCAGCCUCAGCGGUGUAGGAACUUCUACUAGAAUGCUACAAAGUUCUGAGAUGCCCAAGCAAGGAAAACAAGCUCCAGUGCUUCAUGGUUUACCGGACUUUGCUGAGGUUUACGGCUUUAUUGGAAGUGUUUUUGAUCCAGAUACAAAAGGACAUGUCCAGAAGCUGAAGGAAAUGGAUCCUAUAAAUUUUGAAACUGUUUUGUUGUUGAUGAGAAACCUCACUGUCAACUUGUCUAGCCCUGAUUUUGAGCCUUUUGAGAAUGUUUUGUCAUCGUAUGCUGCCAGUACGAAGAUAGCAGAAGUUACCGCAGGAAUUGCUGCCAAAAAGGAAACGCCAAGCGAUCUAUCAUGUCAACCUGCUUAACAACUGGAAAUUAGCUGAUUGUUAGGAGGUCCAGUCUGCAUGGAAUGAUGCCAUUUGCUCAGCCACCAGCAAGGCAGGGAAGUGUCCUGGUGUCGCUGUGAACUGAAACCUGUAAAUGUGACAGUAUACCUUUGUAACCCCAGCCAUGAGAAUGCAUAAGGAAUGCUGAAAGAGCAGAAGUAUUAUUCAGCUGAUUCUAAGGUCCGUUAGGAUCGUAGUAUUGAAUGUGAUUCUUGUAGCUGUACUAGAGAUGUUGCCCCUUCCAGCUCACCCUUAGGUCCGUGUUAUAAAAUAUUUUUGAUGUUCUAGUGCAUUUUAAAAGUAAAAAGAACUUGAAAAGUCCUAUAUACUUGGUUCCAUGGUUCAGUCUUCAGAUU